AUGCGGUGCCGAAAAGCAAAGAAAAAUAGAAUAGUCUGCAUUAUCCGCACGACAAAAUACUGCGCUCAAACUCCUACACAUACAGAUUCUCUCUCAUUCCCCCGUUCUCUCUUUCUUUUCCUUUUGCUCUGCAAAUCACAGCAUACAAUGGCAGGCAAGGCGAAACAGAGGAGGGCUCACCAGGUCUCGUCUGAACAGACAGACGAGAACAGAAAAGGAGAGACGGUAACUGGUAGUUUCGUUUCUUCGCGUGGAUUCGUCUCAUAUGUCAGACUUCUUGACAGGAAAUUGGAGCUUUUUAUAGCGACAGUCCAAUAUGUAAAUAAUUUCUUUUCUCCUCUUGCUUUUCUUUGCUUUCCUGUUCUUACUCCCAUUUUCUUUUUAUUCCUCUCUUUUAUUCAUUUUUCAUGUUUUUUUCUCUUUCUUAACACUUUCUUCAUUUUCCCUACUCAUUUAAAAAAAACAACUCUACCCUUUUUUAGCCGUGUGUUUCUUACUCUAUGGAUAUCUUCCAAUUCUAUCUUUAAGCUUUUCGUUCAACUUUUAUAUUCUUUCUUUUUUCAGUUCUCUUUGUGUUUUCCAAACAUGUUUUCUCUUCCAGUAAGGUCCUCAUCUAGUUUCACUCUCCCUAAUGCAUUUUUUUCUUCUUCUUUCAGCCUCUUUUAG